UGAUCGAAAGCUACCACGGUUGCAGAAAGUUUUCCAGAGAGAGAGAGAGAGGGGGGGAGAGAGAGAUUGUAAAGAGGGGUGAACGUGCUCAAGUGGACGAAAAGCAAAGAGAUUCCACCGACAAGAAGCAUAUUUUUGAACAAUAACUCAGACUUAUCGAAAUGUCUUCAAGGGGAGCUCCACGUCAAGAUGAGAGUGGUCAAUUCGUGGCUGAACAACCUUGUCGUAUGGUCAUCAAACCUCCCUCAGAACUCCCUGUCGAUCGAUAUCUUAUUACACACUACCUUAGAAAAUGUCUUGGUAACGAGAUGACGUUUCAUCACGAGGAAACUAAGAAAACAGAUGGCGGGUGUCUCGAAUUUAUAUUUGUGUUUGAGAAUAACGAGCAAGGGAGAAGAGCUGAACAGGUACUAAAAGAAAACAUUAGUGAGGCUGGAGAAAAAAUCGAAGUUUUCAUUCUCACGGAAGAAGCACGUACCGAGAUGUUUUUGGUCAAGUGCUUAGCAGAGCUUCACGAAAAGAUGACAGCAAUUGAAAAACAGCAUGCUAAGAAGAUAGAGAAAAUCAGUCGUGACAUUGAGGAUCUUCGUGUGAAAAAGCACGUACCUUUGCACGAAUUUGAAAAAUUACUCACGGAGAGAAACGUCCUGGAGUACAAGAAGGAGGAACUUGAGUUACAGCUCCAAGAAUUUCGAUGUUUUGAUAGUCACACAAGAUCUACUCUGGGCGCCCAAAGAGGGUUGCCAACUUCCAGUGUUAUGAGUGCAGUGAAGAAACUAAGAGAAGCAUUUGGUAGAGAAUGUCGAAGGAUCGAAGCAGCCCUUCCAAUGUACGCGAAAAAAACCGAAAUUACUCAACUGGUAACGAAAAAUCAGGUCUGCGUUAUUCUUGGAGAAACCGGAUCAGGUAAAAGUACACAGAUGACCCAAUAUCUGUACGAGGCUGGUUUUGCUGAGAAGGGAUUGAUCGUUUGUACCCAGCCCCGUAAAGUUGCUGCGACAAGUUUAGCAUCCCACGUCGCUCGAGAAAUGGGUAGCACUGUUGGAAAGUUAGUGGGCUGCCAUGUAGGAGGAAACGUUCAAGCAAGUGAAGAGACUGGCAUUGUGUACGCUACAGACCACAUUCUUCUUAAUGAGUGCCUAAAGGAUUCUAAGUUGUCCAAGUAUUCUUGCAUAAUAAUUGACGAGGCACAUGAACGAAGCCUUUACUCGGACCUGCUUCUUGGCAUGAUCAAGAAAAACCUUAUUCAGCGUCCUGAGUUGCGAGUUGUCAUAACCUCAGCUACCAUUAAUCCUGCUCUCUUCGUGGCAUANUUUGACCAAUGUCCAGUACUGAAAGUGUCCGGCAGAAUGUUUCCCGUCGAUGUAAUUUGGAAAGAUGGUCCAUCUUCCAACGUUGAAAAUUAUGUUCUAGAGGCUGUGAACACUGUUCAAGAAAUUCACCACAAGGAGGAUAAAGGGGACAUUCUUGUGUUUCUGACGUCUCCUGCAGAGACAGAACGUGCUUGUGAUAUGUUAACAAAGGUUGAGCAGGAUGCCGACCUAGUUUGUCUUCCUCUUCAUGGAAAGCUACGUCAAGAGGAGCAAAAGAAAGUGUUCGAAGAAAACAGAGACAAACGCAAGGUGAUAUUUGCUACCAACUGUGCCGAAACUUCCAUUACCAUUCCUGGUAUAAGGUAUGUGGUGGACACUGGUAUGGUGAAGGAAAUGAAGUUCGAACCGAAACGCAACAAAAGUUCUUUAGAGGUAACAACAAUCAACAAAAGUUCUGCUGAACAGCGAAAAGGAAGCGCAGGAAGGACACAAGCAGGAAAGUGCUUUAGACUCUACAGCCAAGAGGACUAUGAGGCCAUGGAGGACCAAUUAAAACCAGAGAUCCUAAGGGUUCAUCUUGGCCAGGCCGUGCUGAAGCUGAUGGAACUUGGUAUUGAAGAUAUCAGAGACUUCGAAUUCGUGGAAUCGCCACCUUUAGACUCAAUAAACCUUGCAUUAAAGUUGUUGAAUUCUCUUGGUGCCAUAGCAAACGGAAGACUUACACAGCUAGGAGGCAAAAUUGCUCGUGUUCCGGUAGAGCCUCGCUUGGCCAAGGUUAUAUUCGAAGGAAUUGAAAAAGGUAUUGGUGCAGAUGCGUUAGCGUUGGCAGCUAUAGCAACUGCAGGAGGGAGCAUUUUCUUCCGCAUGGGAAGCGAAGAGGAGAAGUUUGGAGGAUACAGAAGAAAAAUUCUUGAUCAAAUCGAGGAGAAGGUGUCAAAGUCAUGCGAUGACAGUUUGGUGGUGUUAGAAGAGGAUAAGGUGCGGGGGCAAGUAAGGAUCUUCGCUCCUGCAAGAUACACUGUCAAAGCUCUGUCUAUGAUGGGGAGUAUCUUGGAGGAAAACAGAAAAGUACUUCGGAGUGAGCAAAAAGAAGAGCAGCUGAGGGAGGGGUCCCCUGGGAGUAGAAUUGUUUUGGGACAAGGCGGUGACAUACAGGAAGUACUGAUGCCAGACAUGUACAGGGCUGUCACGGUUGGUGGGAUUGAAGAUGGCCACGCCGUGGCAGUUUUAGAUCAUCUAAAAACUUUUGGUGACAUAGUGAAACAUAGUUUCAAGGAACAGAACGGCAAGAUGCGAGUUUUUGUAACUUAUAAGGAUUCACAGGAUGCACUAAUGGCAGUGAAGAGCCCUUCCAACACCCCUCCAGAUAUCAACAUAAAAGUGCAGCCCAGUCACUCGACAGGCGAUGGUAACCAAACACGUUUUUCUCAGUUCAAGGUGAAAGUCAAGUGGCUCCGACGUCCAAGCAAAGGCACAGGAUCAGUACAAUUCCUUAAUGAUGAAGACUUCUUUCACACCCUCGGACGUAUAUCCUCUCUGUUUAUCAAGUCCAAAAGAGUGACAUUUCAAGCAGACAAGAUUCGCGAAAAUCAGAUAUUCAUAAGAGGACUCCACCCUGAAACAUCAGAGAAGGAUGUAACGUCUGCUAUCGAAAAAGAACUUCCCUCAGUAAAAGUGAUGAAAGUUUUCAUCCAUCGAAUAGCAGAGUUUGAAACAAGUGAUGAAACUCUUGUAGCACAGAAAACUUCCCUGGAAGAAUGUCUCACCAAUUUUGCCACACAAGGUAAUUUCACAGUCUACGUGGGAAAACCUUCCACUAAACAUUCUGAGGGAUACGCCAACCUGACGUUCCAAAAAGCCGAGGAAGGUCAAGCCGCCAUAAGAGGUCUUAAUGGAAUGAACAUCCCAGACAUCGGUGUAGUAACCUUGCAUCCCAACCUUUCAACAGUGUUGUUAUGUGCCAGAAAUGUUUACGGAGUCAUUGAAGAUAAGCUCAAUGAAACUGUCACCAAAUUAAGGUCAACCUUGCAAACAAAUUUGAACGUUAAUGUCAAAAAGAAACCUACAGAUAAGCGUGUUUGGAUAGAAAUUCAAAGUAACUCUACGGAACACUUCAAAUGUGCAACCACUGUUCUCACCGAAAUUGUCAAUGGUGAUAAAAUCGACUGCAAGAUUUCUAAAGACCUGGAGAUUCUUUUGACAAAGUCAGCGAAAGACGUUCUUCAAACGAUUCAGAAAGACACAGGAACUGUAAUCAGUCAAGAUUGGAAGAACCAAGCUGUCAGAAUUCAUGGAUCCGAAGCCAACCGAGAAUUAGCAAAACGAGCGAUAAACAAGUUUCUUGAUGAUUCCAUCACUGAUAAUAGCCACUCAUGGCAGAUUCAACUUCGAGGACCAAACAAGCCUCGGGGAUUGCUGAAAGCUCUGUAUAAACGGUUUGGAGCCAAUCUGCAAGGACUACGAGAUAUAAGUGGUGUCCAGAAGAUCCAUAUAGAAUUUAGAAACCACGUACUUAAGAUAGAGAGUUCAGAUGAAGNUUGGUCAACACUUUUCUUAACUUGUUAA